AACAAAAAAAAACAAACAAAACAAAAUCAAAAAUUCUGUGCAAUUAUCCAAAAUUCUCGAGAGUUCUUCCACACGACACAAACACACAGUCAGAGACAUAGGGAGAGAGACAGAGAGAGAGAUGCAGAAAGUUUCAGAAAGCCACAGCAAUUUGUCAAUGAUGUCCGAUGGAAAUAUAGAACCGAUUGAUAUUGAUGAUAACGAGUGUGUUGCGAAGCUGCAAUCCUGUCCCAUUGUCUGCAUCAAUGAGCCUGACACGCAUAGUGCCAACACAGAAAUAUUGCAAACAACGCCGGAUAGCACUUUGGAGAAGCCAAAAGCAGCAGCAACAACAGUAACGACUAUCAGCAACAGCAACAACAACAGCUGCAUUACAAUCAAUGCAGCACCACCAACAACAACUGCAUCAGCAGCAGCAACAGCAGCAGCAACAGCACCAACAAGCACAACAACAAGCAACGCGGGUGUAACUAAAAUAACGAUAACCAGUGGCGGCAACAACAACAGCAAGAGUGUUGCUCUCAGCAACUACCACAACAGCAGCAACAACGCUGGCAGCAGCACCAACAACAGCAACAGCUUGAUAUCCAUUACCAGCCUCAACAGUUGCAGCAACUUGAGCACAACUGGCAGCACAGCAACUCUGCCCUUAAGCAGCAUCAGCAGCAGCAACAACAACAACAACAGGCACAGCAACAAUCCGAACGCCAACGCCAGCGACACAUCGUCGGCGAAUUUUCAAGAACGUUUCGACUUUGAUCACUGGAAGGGCGUCAUCAGCGACUUCAGUUGCCUUAACGGUCUCUAUCGCUAUUGGAAUCAGUAUACCAGCAACAACAACAACAACAACAACAGUGUCAACCACUCGAACGUUUCCCAAGAACAUGCCGAUGAGAACGGCGUGGGCAGUGGCGGUGGUUCCUUCUACACAAAUAAUAUAUUAGGCUACACCUUUGGCUAUCCAUUUGGACUUAAAGAGGACAACAACAACAGCAGCCACAGCAGUGCUGGGAGCCUAAAGAAGGCGCCAGCAAGCAACGAGACGCCACUCCAGAAACACUACCGACAACAGCAGAAGAAGAAGAUGCCCGUGUUCCGAGGAAGACGCGUCUGGUGCGGCUGCUUUGAGGAUGACGAGCCGCCCGAGAUCUGUGUGGUGGAGGGCGCCUUCACACUGCAGACACUCACACCCACACAGCCAAUGCCCGCCGUCGAUGAGCUGGACACAAAGUUCGCGGAGCUGGUGGAAGAGCUGGAUCUGACGGCACCUAACAAGGAGGCAAUGCUCAGUCUGCCGCCGCAAAAGAAAUGGCAAAUUUAUUGUUCACGCAAGCUGCCGCUGGAUGCCAGCGAUGGUCCAGACGCAUCGGCGAUAACCCAACCACCCACGGCCGAGCACUACAUCGAACGUUUGAAGGAGCUGGUGGUACACGUCUCGCUCAGCCCCGAGGACUCACCCAGCCAUGAGCUGAGUUCGCGCAUCGACAACCACACCGUCUUUGUGGACGCCCUGAAAACGGCGCUGCGCACCUCCACGCACAGCUUUGUGCUGCGCUUCGUGGAAUUGGACGGAUUGCCAGCGCUGCUCAAUCUGCUACUCCAGCUGGACAUACGCGUGGCGAACAGUCCGCUCCACACGAGCCUAAUUGGCUGCAUAAAGGCGCUGAUGAACAACUCUAUGGGUCGCGCCCAUGUAUUGGCCCAUCCGACAGCUAUCGAUACGAUUGCCCGAUCACUGGCAGCGGACAACAUACGCACGAAAAUCGCGGCACUGGAGAUAUUGGGUGCAGUCUGCCUGGUGCCUGGCGGACAUCGGAAGGUGCUGCAGGCUAUGCUGCAUUUCCAGGAAUUUGCGACAGAGCGCACACGUUUCCAGAGCAUUGUUAAUGAUCUGGACCGUUCAACGUACGCAUACCGCGACAAUGUGAAUCUCAAAACGGCACUCAUGUCGUUCGUAAACGCGGUGCUCAACUAUGGACCAGGUCAAGAGAAUCUGGAGUUCCGUCUCCACUUGCGCUACGAAUUUCUCAUGUUGGGCAUUCAGCCGGUCAUUGACAAGCUGCGUACACAUGAGAACGAGACUCUGGACAGGCAUUUGGAUUUCUUUGAAAUGGUGCGCGCCGAGGACGAGAAGGAGUUUGCACGUCGCUUUAAUCAGGAGCAUGUGGAUACCAAGAGCGCCGGUUCAAUGUUCGAGCUUUUGCGUCGCAAGUUAAGCCACUCGCCCGCCUACCCGCACAUGCUGUCAUUGCUGCAGCACAUGCUGUUGUUGCCAUAUACCGGCCAUUGCACUGAGCAUUGGCUGCUUAUCGAUCGAGUUGUGCAGCAGGUUGUCUUGCAGGUGGAGCAGCGACCCAGCAGUGACCUCAUUGUCGAUCCCGACGAUCCAAACAAAGCGCUCAAGCUAGCCGCCGAAUCACCCGUGCACGAUCCGGAUGUGGCACCAUUACAGAUCGAUGUCAACAAGCUAGUGCGCUUGCUCGUCAAAGAGGAGGAACUGACACAGGCUCGCAAACGGGCCGACGAACUGGAACGUGAGAACUUUGACAUACAGUCACGACUGGCCAAGAAGGAGCAGGAACUGGACUUGCGCAUGCAGGAGAAGGAGGAUCUGGAGACCAGUCUAGCACGCAUGCGCGAGCGCCUAGAAAAGGAGUCCGCUCAGCACUCGCAGGCCGUGCAGCGCGCCCAAACAGCCGAAAUGAAGGCCGAAGAUCUGCAGCAUCGUCUGCAUAGUGAGCAACAAGAACGUGCACGUCUCGAGCGUCUGGUAACUGAGGGCAGCAUACCCGACGACCAGAAGGUGGCCGGGCUGACCGGUUGCAAUGGCGCUGUGUCGCCCCCACCUCCACCACCGCCCAUGCUAAAGACGGGGCCACCACCUCCACCACCCAUGGCGCCCGCCAUGCUACCGCCACCACCGCCCCCAUGUCCUGGAGCGCCUCCGCCACCACCCAACAUGGGUCAGCCAGCAAUGACACCAGCGCCACCCAAAGUUGAGUUGCCAAAGAAGAAUGUGCCACAGCCAACCAACCCACUGAAGAGCUUUAACUGGUCGAAGCUUCCCGAUGCCAAGCUCCAGGGUACCGUCUGGAGCGAGCUGGAUGAGUCGAAGCUCUAUAACAACAUGGAGCUGGAAUCAAUUGACAAGCUCUUCUCUGCCUAUCAGAAGAACGGCGUUUCGACCACCGACGGCUCCUAUGAGGAUCUGCGUUUGACUGGCAAGAACAAACAGAAAAUACUGUCCGUCAUCGAUGGAAGACGUGCACAGAACUGCACCAUUUUGCUCAGCAAGCUGAAAAUGAGCGACAUGGAAAUAUCGAAAGCCAUUCUCUCCAUGGACAGCAAUGAGCAGCUGGCCCUCGAUAUGGUCGAGCAACUGCUCAAGUUUACACCAUCAGCCGAAGAACGUGCGCUCCUGGACGAGCACAGCGAGGAUAUUGAAUCGUUGGCCCGUGCCGAUCGCUUCCUUUACGAGAUAUCCAAAAUACCCCACUAUGAGCAGCGAUUGAAGAGCCUGCACUACAAGAAACGCUUCAUGCUGACCAUCAAUGACCUUAUACCGCGCAUCACCAGCGUCAUGGAAGCAUCCCGAGAGGUGGCACGCUCUCGUCGUCUGCGCAAGCUACUAGAAUUGGUGCUAGCCUUGGGCAACUACAUGAACCGCGGUGCACGCGGUAAUGCUUCCGGUUUCCGUCUGGCCUCGCUCAAUCGCCUGGCCGACACCAAAUCCAGCGCUGCCAAGGGCACAACUCUGCUGCAUUAUCUCGUGCAGGUAAUCGAGAAGAAGUUCAAGGAUCUGCUAAAGCUCGAGGACGACAUACCGCAUGUGCGUGAGGCUUCCAAGGUCUCUUUGGGCGAGAUGGACAAGGACAUACAGAUGCUGCGCACUGGCUUGGCGGAUGUGGCGCGUGAGAUCGAGUUCCAUCGCAGCUCGGGACCCGCCCAGCAAGGCGAUCGUUUUCUGCCUGUAAUGCGUGAGUUCCACGCUCAGGCCUCGGUGCGCUUUGCCGAGUUGGAGGAUAAAUUCCAGGACAUGAAGACGCGCUUCGAUCGCGCUGUCCGUCUCUUCGGCGAGGACGGCUCCGUCCUACAGCCAGACGAGUUCUUUGGUAUUUUCGACUCGUUCCUGGGCGCCUUCGCGGAGGCGCGUCACGACAACGAGAGCUUCCGGCGCCGCCAAGAGGAGGAGGAGAAGCGCGCCAAACAGGAGGCUGAGCUUAAGAAGCGCACCAUUGAGCGCAAAAACAAGUCUGGCCUGAUGAGCAGUGUUGCCCGCAAUCUCGGCCUCAAGUCAUCCUCAACCUCGACCUCCAACGACACCCCCGUCAAGGGCGACAACAAGGGAGAGUUUGACGAUCUGAUUUCGGCGCUUCGCACCGGCGAUGUCUUUGGUGAGGACAUGGCCAAGUUCAAGCGGUCGCGCAAGGCUCGAGUCCUCAAUGGCAGCGCUGGCGGCCAAACCUCGCCGCCUCGCCAUGGCAGCCUGCAGCGCGAGGAGAGUGGCAGAGAGCGCGAGCGUACCGUGCGAAGGCAGUAGAGCUAGCGACCGGAAGUAUAGAGAUCGCCGACCACUCCUGUAAUUUACUUACAAUUAGUUAUCGUUGUAUUCUACUUUUUUCUUUUUUGUUUAUAAUACAUUUGCUGCGUCAAUUCUUAAGCUCUAAA